AUGUCAGGGUUGGAAGUAGCCGGCCUGGUUCUCGGGGCCUUGCCCUUGGUCAUCACCGCCCUGGAACACUACGAGUCGAGUAUCGACCAUGCCAAAGCCUUCUACAAGUACGAAUAUGAAUUGGAGAGGACCAUGAGCGAGCUAUGGAUGGAACACCUGAACUACGACAUGACCUUGAAGACGCUUCUGAUGGGCAUUACGAGUCCGCUUGAACUCGAAGAGAUGAUGAACCAGCCCGACAGCCCCCUGUGGAAAAGCAACGAAUUGGCUGCUGAACUGCAAGACAAGCUUGGUGUGGCGUACAAUGCGUACCUUCAUAUCAUUAAACAGAUGGAAAAGCAAGUUAAGGACUUGUUCAAUGCUUUGAGCAUUGAUCGACAACCUUUGAAUGCGGACGAUCUCGAAUCCCUCAUUAAAGCUGUCGGUCAACCGGCCGUGAACCGAAACAGCAUCUCCAAGUUCGAGUUCCGGCGGCGCGUCAAGUUCACCUGGAACAAAAAGAAAAUCACGAGGCUACUUGGGGAGGUUGAAGACUGCAAUAAGCGACUGGAGUUGUUCAUUGAGAAGGCCGAGAAAAUGAACCAGUCCACAGCUACUACAGGCAAAAGCGGACCUAAAUCAACUUUGGCUAUCCCUUUACAGAUGAUCCACGAUUACGCAGGACGACUACAUGACGUUUUCUCCAGAGCCUUGAAUGGCUGCACGCAGCAUUCACAUCAUGCCAGUCUACUGCUAGAACAUCGCAUGAUCCGCGCUCAGAAGAAAAAGGGGUUGAAACACGUCGCAAAGGACGAGGAUCAAACCUUUCUAGUAUCUUUCCAAAGUCCCUCUAACCCAAAAGCCUGGCAUAACGCGGAAAUCCAGAUAUCCAAGGGCGACAACUCUCAAGCUAACCUACUAGGACCGAGAGCUACACAACCCAAGGUCAAAUUCGCAAUGCCACCCUCAGUGGGAGGCAAUGUCGUCGCCACCCUUAGCACUCCGCCAGUGCCACUGCCACUGGCCCAAGCUCAUAUCAUCAGUGAUCUCUGCUCCACUUUGCAGAGCCGAGAGAAGCAGCUUACGUGCUCCGGGUUCUGGCUUGACAUCCAAGGCAUUCUUCGGGGGACCUACCAAGCCCCGGAUCGCCCGUCCCGUCCUACGGGUGCUAUCAUCACACUCGAGGAUCUGCUCGUGGCUUCCAAAUCGGCAGAGUGGAAACCGCUGACGCAAGAAGACCGACACGUGCUCGCAAUCACGCUAUCUUCGUCCUUCCUGCAACUACAUAAGACACCCUGGCUCGGAAAUAAAUGGGACAAGAAAGCCAUAUUCUUCUCAAGGACGGCAAACGACCAGCACCGCAUCGACGUGCGCCACCCGUUCAUCACCAAGACCUAUGCCGCUCCUACUCAUUUGACCACUUCGGCCACGAUACCACUUAGUACGGCAACCCCAGCUGCACCCCGCGACAACACCAACCUCCUCACCUUAGCCCAGAUACUGCUGGAGGUCCAUUUAAAAGACCGUUUAGAGAACAAGCGGCGAGAUGAUGACCUGGGUCCCGAUGACGUCCCCAACGCAGCAGGCGACUUGCAGACGCUGCAACGGUGGAUUAUGGAGCAGCAGGAGAACCUGUCGUUCGAGCUCAAGGAUGCCGUGCUGUACUGCAUGAAAUGCUCUAUAGACCCCACGACCGACCUGGGGGAUCUCGGCGUCAGACAGGGUGUUGUGGAUAGCGUGGUCGCACCGUUGCUGGAAGAGCUUUAUACGUUCCGGGAGGGUCAUGACAGAUAG